AUGCGACACGAAUCGGAUGCGUUUUUGGAUGCUUUUGCACUGAAAAACAUAUUUUUAGAUACAAACUAUUCAACGUUGAAAACCGGAUUCUCGUCUCAUGUGUCGGCGGCCGCCCACGAGCUGGACGUCGAUCUGAUCACCACAUCUGAGCUGCGGAUCGCCGCCACACUCAGCUCCACGACCACCGCUCGGCCCAAAACCAGUCCAUACCAUAGUAUAUACGGCACGAGCGGCCAGUGCUCGACACUGACGACCGGCGCCUCUUAUGGCUCCAAAUCUAAUCGCAAAUCAAAGAAAACCCAUUUCACAGAAAUGGCAAAAUGCAUGCUUGAGAUACUGGACGACCUGCAGGUGCCUCAACACCACACCGGCGGCCAUAAGGCAGACAUCUAUAAACGCUCGGCGUCUCUGUCGGCGUCCACUCGUCUCCAGACGUCAAUACUGUCGACACAAUCGGAGACCGAUUCCAUCGAUCUGCUGAUGGAGGAGUUGUCGUCUGUGGGCGACACCAGUGACCUGAGCGAUAUCAGCUCCAUAUCGUACCGAACAGUACCCGAACAGCACAUCUACGAAGAGAUUCUGUACGACUGUCUGGAGUCACAGCAACGGCUGCCGCCGACAGACAGUCCGCUGUACGCGCGUUACAUACCGUCCCAUCGGCGGGCAAUGGCCGCCACCACCACUACCGGCGCGCACCUCAACAACAAGUUUGCCCACUCGUCGGUCGGCAGCAUAAGAGUGGACGCACCCAUACAUCAGUCCCACAUCAGACAUGUGGGCAGUUGGGGCCGAACCCGAGAUAAGCCCAAACAGAGGAGUAAUUUGUAUACCAUAUUUGCCGACGAGAGUGAGCGCCGAAAUAUCUCCCGUUCCCUCGAAAGAGAGUUCUGUAAGUCCCGCAAAGGGGUCGACAUAAUGGUCGGUCCCAAUGGCCGUAACAAUCAUCACCAGACCAUAAUCGGUGUCGAUAACUAUGAUUAUCUGACGAUAUAA